GCCGCCGCGUGCCCGGCCCCGCUCGCCCGUGCCCGCCGCUCGCUCGCUUGCCCGCCCGAGCCCGCCAUGCCCGGCUUCGACUACAAGUUCCUGGAGAAGCCCAAGCGGAGGUUGCUGUGUCCGCUGUGCGGAAAGCCCAUGCGCGAGCCCGUGCAAGUUUCUACCUGCGGCCAUCGCUUCUGUGACACCUGCCUGCAGGAGUUCCUCAGUGAAGGAGUCUUCAAAUGCCCUGAGGACCAACUUCCUCUGGACUAUGCCAAGAUCUACCCUGACCCAGAGCUGGAAGUACAGGUAUUGGGCCUGCCUAUCCGCUGCAUCCAUAGUGAGGAGGGCUGCCGCUGGAGCGGGCCCCUGCGUCACCUACAGGGCCACCUGAAUACCUGCAGCUUCAACGUGGUGCCCUGCCCCAAUCGCUGCCCCACCAAGCUGAGCCGCCGUGAUCUGCCUGCACACUUGCAGCACGAUUGCCCCAAGCGGCGCCUCAAGUGCGAAUUUUGUGGCUGUGACUUCAGUGGGGAGGCCUAUGAGAGCCACGAAGGCAUGUGCCCCCAAGAGAGUGUGUACUGUGAAAACAAGUGUGGUGCCCGCAUGAUGCGGCGGCUACUGGCCCAGCAUGCCACCUCUGAGUGCCCCAAGCGCACUCAGCCUUGCACCUACUGCACCAAGGAGUUUGUCUUUGACACCAUCCAGAGCCACCAGUACCAGUGCCCAAGGCUGCCUGUGCCCUGCCCUAACCAGUGUGGUGUGGGCACCAUUGCUAGGGAGGAUCUGCCGGGCCAUCUGAAGGACAGCUGUAGCACUGCCCUGGUGCUGUGCCCAUUCAAAGACUCCGGCUGCAAGCACAGGUGCCCUAAGCUGGCAAUGGCACGGCACGUGGAGGAGAGUGUGAAGCCGCAUCUGGCGAUGAUGUGUGCCCUGGUGAGCCGGCAACGGCAGGAGCUUCAGGAGCUGCGGCGAGAGCUGGAGGAGCUAUCGGUGGGCAGUGAUGGCGUGCUCAUCUGGAAGAUCAGCAGCUAUGGGCGGAGGCUACAGGAGGCUAAGGCCAAGCCCAACCUCGAGUGCUUCAGCCCGGCCUUCUACACGCAUAAGUAUGGUUAUAAGCUUCAGGUGUCUGCAUUCCUUAAUGGCAAUGGCAGUGGUGAGGGCACACACCUCUCCCUCUACAUUCGUGUACUGCCAGGCGCCUUUGACAAUCUCCUUGAGUGGCCCUUUGCCCGCCGCGUCACCUUCUCCCUGCUGGAUCAGAGCGACCCCGGGCUGGCUAAACCACAGCAUGUCACUGAGACCUUCCACCCUGACCCAAACUGGAAGAAUUUCCAAAAGCCAGGCACGUGGCGGGGCUCCUUGGAUGAGAGUUCUCUGGGCUUUGGUUACCCCAAGUUCAUCUCCCACCAGGACAUCCGAAAGCGAAACUAUGUGCGGGAUGAUGCAGUCUUCAUCCGUGCCUCUGUUGAACUGCCCCGAAAGAUCCUCAGCUGAGUGCAGGCGGGGCUCGAGGGGAGGACAGGAUAGGACAUGAGCUCAGUCAGGCAGUGGCUGAAUCUGGAGAAGGGGCCGGACCCCCCUUUCAGCUCCUUCUGCUGCCUAGGUUCUGUUAUCAUGUUCUCUCUACCCCCAACCACCCUCAGGUGCCUCCAACUGGUGCUUCAGCCCUAGCCCCUGGUGGGGUGAGCAGGUCUCGGGGUCAUCAAGGGCUGGAAACAAGUGACCCCAGGGCCUGUCUCCCCUCCCAGGUAAGGCAGACAUGCCUUGGUGCUGGCCAUACUCCACCCGGACUGAGGUGCCUGCUCAGGUGCUAUGUCCCAAGAGCCAUAAGGGGGGAGUUGGGAAAGGGAGGGGUAGUUAAAAGAAUCUGCCUUGAGAUCUGAUUUCUCUUCCCCUUUCCCCAGCUGUGCCCCCUCUGGUUAUUUAUUUCCUUAAUGCCAGGAGGACACAGCAGGGGAACCCUGAUUUUUAAUAAAUUCUGAAUUGUAUUUAUUAA